AUGACGAGAGAUUUAAAUGGUUACCUGUUGCCAUCAGUUAAGUUUACGGUUCACCUUAAGAGGAAAUAUUCCUACUAUCUGAUGAACAUGCUUCUUCCGGUUGUCGUCCUGGCUGCAAUGGCGCCAUUUGUAUUCGUGUUGCCAGUGGAGAGCGGAGAGAAGAUCGGAUUUGCUCUGACAAUUCUGUUGUCAUUGUCAGUUGUUAUGACAAUUGUGUCUGAAAAUAUACCGCCAACAUCAACCCAUAUAUGCGUUCUCAGUGUUUAUUUACUGACCACGUUCAUCAUCUGCUCGCUGGAAACCUUGUUAACCGUUUUCACGUGCAAAUUACACGAGCUUCACAAUAAAACAUAUGUAAUGGGUAGUGGGUGUCAGAAAGUGGCUCGGGUCCUUGCGAAAAUUACGAGAUACAGACGAAGACCCAAAACUGAUGACGUGACUACAGUAAAAGAAGACAAUAUCGCCCAAAUGAUGCAAGAAAAGGUCGAUUUACCGAAACAGAUAGGGCGAGAAAAUAGCACGUGGGCUGAAAAUUUCAGCGAAGACAAUCAUAACGAAGUUGGAGUGAAAAUUGAGUACAAUUACGAAGAUAUGGUAGACUGGAUGUAUGUGGCUGUGAUACAUUAUUUAGAAACAUUGACAGAGUUAAAAGGGGCAAAAAAUAGAGAAAAGAAGGCUGGAGUUUGUCAGAGUGACAAGAAUGUGUAA